AUGGGAAGAGAUAAGAGGAAGGAGGAAGAUGAGGAUUCUGGCGAUGGUUUUCCACUUGAAGAAAGUACCUGGGAACCUGAGGAGAAUGUAGCUUGUCACGAAUUGAUCGCGGAAUUCGAGAGGAAGCGGAACAAGAGCAGUGAGUACGGUAGUUUUUUCUUUUAUGUGGAGAAGAAGGAGCCACAAACAGCUCCAUCGGAGAAGCGUGACGAGAAACAGCUACAUCGUAUUAUUGGACUGACGGAUGCACCCGGUGAACUGCACUUCUUGAUCAAAUGGAAGGAUCAUACUGCCGAUCUUGUACCUGCCAAAGAGGCCAAUGUGAAGUAUCCUCAGGAGGUGAUCAGGUUCUACGAGGAGAGGCUGAAGAUGCAGAACCGUUAG